AGACAAUUGCGUGGUGAUCCCCACUUUUUAAUGCGGCGUCGAGCAAAUCGGUACAGCGACAGUCACAACCUACCACCUCGAGCAGCCAGCUCGGGGCACGCAAACCGAAGGUUUAUACAAGAAAUCAAUCGAAUUUAAAAUAAAUCAUGCAGUUAAAAUUGUUUAUAGUGACCGUUGUGCUCCAGUAUUCAGCGACGGUUGCUGAUUAUUAUAAAACGAAGCCAAAUUUCGUGCAGACGUGCUUUAAAAGUGAUCCAGAUUUCGAAGAUUGUUCUAAAGAAGCCGUACAACAACUCUUCAAUGUUUUGGGGCCCGGGUUACCAGAAAUAGAUUUACCUCCUAUAGAUCCAUUAAAUAUUCCUAAAAUAAGAAUAUUACAAGGUGAUGGGCCAGUUAAUGUUAAUGCCGCUCUUGAUAACGUCGUGGUAACAGGUUUUGGACACACUGAAGUGUUGCUGAGCCAGGUAGACGGUAAGACAUACGAUUUUUAUACAAGAGUUCGUGUCCCUAAAAUAAGAAUAGAGGGCACAUACGACUUAAAAGGAAAAAUAUUAUUAAUACCUUUGGUUGGUAAUGGGCGAUGUUGGUUUGAACCAAGUAACAUGACAAUAGAUAUUGUAAGCGAUGUAAAGCUAUAUGAAAAGGAUGGCUUACUAUUUUUCAAUGUAACUAAGGUUCAUGUAAAAUAUAACAUUGGAGGACUCAAAUUACAUAUGAGUAAUUUAUUCGAUGGUAUUUCUUCACUUGAGGAUAGCACUAAUGCUUAUCUAAAUGCGAACUGGCGGCCAGUCUCCGAGUCUUUGAGGCCAAUUUUAUCAAAGACUAUCGAAGAUAUAUUAUUGGGCUUUAUACAACGAAUAUUUCACAAUCUCCCCGCAAAUUUCAUGAUCGGGGAUGUAAAAGCACAUUUAUUAAAUAAAAAGGCAAUUGAAUAAAUAUAUGCCACAAUGUCUAUAUUAUAUGAGUAUAGGUUAUUAUUUAAUAAAGACUUUUAGGUACAUUGAAGCAUAAGUUAAUUAAAAUUUGGGUUACUUAUCUAAUUAAGUAUUGUCAACGUACUAAAUUUUUUUCAUACUUAAUCUAUAAUUUUAAAAAUGUUGCUUUAAUACUAUUUGAGUGAUACUAAUAUUAAUGUAGUUUUUAUUUUAAACGCAACUGAUAAUGUAAAUAAUAAACUUUGUAUAAGAGA